AUGCAUCGACUCUCGUUCUACCUAAUUUCGGCAGCUGUCAAAGCCACGUUGGGAGGCAGCUUGAAACAUGAUGUUCGCCAGCGUGCUGCAUCAGCUCAAUACUGUGCAUCUGAGAAUAUUUGCUACUCCGAAUACACAACACCAUCAGCCGAUAUCAUUUAUCGUGUGGCAAUACCCGACAGUUCCGAAGCACCAUUCGAUAUCCUCCUUCAGAUAGAAGCGCCUGCCUCCGUGGGGUGGGCUGGCAUUGCAUGGGGCGGUCGCAUGACAGGAAAUCCUUUAACAAUCAGCUGGGCCAACGGCGAUGGAGCUGUUGUUUCUUCAAGAUGGGCAACUGGUCAUGUACUUCCCGGUGCUUACCGGGGUGCCUCAUAUGAACUGCUGACUGCCAGCUCGAACUCGAGCCACUGGUCCAUGAGUGUGUUAUGCACUGGGUGCAGCCAAUGGGACGGCGGCGAGCUAGGAUCCACGGGUGCGAACCAGCUCGCCUGGGCUAUGAGCAAUAACGCAGUCAACACUCCUGCCGACAACACCAGCAGUUUCGGAUAUCACUCCGCGAGGAGCACAUUCUCGCUAGACUUUUCAGAUGCCCGCAUACCAACCAAUGACUUUCGGAGAGAUCUCUACGCCGUCUUCCUCAAGCAAUACCACAACUUCUGGGCCGAGCACAACACGCGCGUCCGCAUCAACCACGAUUCGCGGCCCGUUCCCCUUGAAGAGCACAACAACUCCAAAGCCGAGUACUGCGUCGCCGAUGACCACACCGGCGCCCACGGCAUCGGGGCAGUCGACGACUAUCACUCAGGUUGA